UCGCCGGGUCAAAGAAGCGAGAUAAAGUGCAAUCUAAUCGAGCAGUUAGUCGGGGAAUUGACCGAUUACGUCGCACUGGGGCGUACCGAGGCGGCGUCGAAGCCGACGCCGAUGCCCGCGAAUCCGAUCUUUCCGGAGUAGGGGUGCGGAUCGCGUCGAAGAUGGUCCCGGGUACUUCCGCCUCGUCCUCUCCCCUCGCGGCAACGUUAUACCCCUCAAAGACUCUACCACUCCUUCUAAACCUUUUUAUCAAAUUUCACUGAUUCUACAUCGAGAUCAUCGCCUAGACUCUUACGAAGUCCCUUCCCAAGAGAGUGCUCCAAAAUUGACAAAGAAGCAACCGGUGGUGACGGUAGUGGUACCCUGCGGGGAGAAGUUCCAAGUACUCCUUUCCUCUCGAGGGUACCGAAGCGUUGCAAGACAUCUCCCGGAGAUCCGAAGGUUUCGGCUUUUAAGAUCAAUAAUUAAUAACCAGGUUCCCCGGUGAUUUCUCCUAUCGCUCAAAAGCUCCGCAUCGAGGGCGCCUCCGAAAUACCCGCGGAGGCCUCCUCGGGGCAAGUGGCCGAAGAAAAACGUGCCUUGGAUGGGAGCUUGCGACGUUCCCGCCACCUCCGGCUCCUCGCAUCCGCGCUCUCCUCGGAGGGCACGGCACCGCGAGAGGAGGGAUCCGGAUCCGCCAACGAGUGGUCUCACUCGAUCGCCCGGCCGAACUUUACUCCAGUUGACAGCGAGCCGCGUUUGCGACUCGGUCUCCACGGGGCCGAUAAGAGUCGGUCAAACGCGAUUCGCGUAACAUCGCCACGAGGCGGGAUAAAUCGGGCGAAUCGCGAAUCCGAACUGGGAAAUCUCGCCGAUGAGUCUCGGCACCGACUUCCGGUACCCCUGAGAGACUCCUCGGAGUCGGCCCCUUCCGCAGGGCAUGCCCUCCCCCUGAGAAGACUCCUGCUCCUGGCAGGACUUUUCGAGCGAUUCGAGCGAUUCGCCCGAUUCGCGCCUCGAAAUAGAGGGGGGAAAAAAAAAACUCCUCUCGGGUACGCAGCCACGGAGGGUAGAGGGGAGCAGAAGAUGCGGUACAAGGUCAACGAUCCCGAGGACGGAGGCCGGAGUCCCGAGGGCGCCAGGCAGUCUGGGAGUCCGACCUCCCCGUCUCGGCCCUCGUGCCCUUCGAACCCCUGGUACUUCCGGAUAAUCCGCAUCCGGCGAUCCGGCGAGCUGCCGAUCGAGACCACCCCUCGGAAGGAUUCCCCGAACCGCAGGACCCUAUUUCGAGAUGAAAAGCAGAGCCAGAAGGAGACGAAGCUGGCCAUCGUCGUCGGCCUGCUGGCGGUGGCGGUGAUAGCGCUGAUAGUGACGCUGACGCUGCAGGUGGCUUUUUCAAGGAAGGAAGCCUACAGGGAGAUGUGCCAGACCGAGGACUGCAUCAGGACAGCCGCCAGAGUGAUAGGAGCGAUGAAUCGAUCGGUAGACCCUUGCCAGGACUUCUACAACUUCGCCUGCGGUGGAUGGAUCAACAAAAAUCCGAUCCCUCAGAGUCAGACAUCCUGGGACCAGCUGAGCCUGCUGAGGGAGGAGCUCCUGAAGAACCUGAGGAUCCUGCUGGAAGAGUCGGAUCGCAAGGAGGACCUGAAGCCCGUCAAACUGGCCAGGACUCUUUACAAGACCUGCAUGGACACCGCUAGAGUAGAGGCUCUGGGCUUGCAGCCGAUUUACGAUGUCCUCGGGAAGGUUGGUCUUCCAAAGGAUCCACCCUUCAACGAGACCGCAACCCCUCUGGACGUCUCCAGGAUAACGGGGGUAGCGCAGAGAGCGUUAGGAUUGAACCUGCUGGUGAAUUUUUAUAUCAGCGAGGAUGUCAGGGACACCACGCGAAAUCGGAUGAUGAUGGAGCAAGUGUCCCCAGGAUUCAGUGAACGCUAUUUGCUCGACCCCCAGCGCUUCAAGUCGGAGCUUUUGGAAUAUAAAAAAUACGUGGCGGCGAUGGUAGAGCUAGCAGGAGCUGGGAACAAGAGUCAAGAAUUCGCCACGGAGCUUCUGGACUUCAGCACGAAACUCGCGCGGAUCAUGACGACUCCCGAGCAGAGGAGGAGCGCAAACCACCUGUUCCAUGACGUGACGAUCAACGAGUUGCAACAAUUGACCGAUCUACACGCCCAACAGUGGAACUGGACCGAUUACUUGGAGGCAGUCUUCCACGACACCAACGUCACGUUGGAGCCGUCGAUCGACAGAGUGAUCAUCAUGGACCUGCGUUACCUGCAGGAGUUGCCGCAACUCCUGGCGGCCACCUCGCCGAGGACCGUUGGUAGAUUCAUCUGGUGGAGCGUGUACUCGACAGUCGCGCCAUUGACCCUGCAGAAGUUCCGCGACCUAGGUUUCGUCUUCUCGCAGAAGGUCUUCGGUCUGAAGGAGAAGACCCCUCGGUGGAAAGGAUGCACGGGAAACGUCAACUCCAAUUUCGGAAUGGCUCUUAGUUACGUUUACGUCCAGCGGCAUUUCAAUGAGCGGUCGCGCGAGAAGGCCCUAGAGAUGCUGACGGACGUCAGGGCAGCCUUCGACGAGAUGGUAACCGAGCUGGACUGGAUGGACGUGGGGACCAGGGCAAGGGCUCACCGGAAGUUGCACGCCAUGAGACCCUUCGUAGGGUUCCCGGAGUGGAUCACGGACCCGAAGAAGUUGGAAAAGUUCUACGACGGGGUCGAGGUGGUCGAGGGCAAGCUCUUCGACACGUUCCUGAAGCUGACGAAUGUGGGGGCGAAGAAGAGCCUGAACAGCCUGCGGGAAAAGCCCGACAAGGACAGGUGGAUAUCAACGGGGACGACCGUGAACGCGUUCUACAGCGCGAUUCUGAACUCAGUCACAUUUCCAGCGGGCAUCCUUCACCCUCCCUUUUACGGAAACGGCCUAGAAUCGAUCAACUACGGGGCCAUGGGCGCGAUUAUGGGCCACGAGCUCACCCACGGAUUCGACGACCAAGGUCGCAGAUACGACGAGAACGGCAAUCUCAGACAGUGGUGGAGCGACGAGACGCUGCUCCAUUAUUACGAGAAGGUCGAAUGUAUCAUCGAGCAAUACGGCAAGUAUCACCUUCCAGAGCUGGGUAACAAUUUCACGGUAAACGGAAUCAACACUCAAGGUGAAAAUAUCGCCGACAAUGGCGGCAUAAGAGAGGCGUACAGGGCUUAUCAAAGACUGAAGGCCCGGAACUCGAGUCAGCAGGCUUUGCCCGGUCUGACGGUGUACAAUCAAGAACAAUUGUUCUUCCUGGGCUUCGCACAAGUCUGGUGUGGGAAUUAUACCAAUGGAGCACUCAAGUCGAAGCUUAUCGAGGGUGUCCAUGCUCCAAAUCAUUUUCGGGUUAUCGGGACCUUGUCGAAUAAUGCCGAGUUCGCGGAAGCUUGGAAAUGCCCAGUUGGAAGCCCCAUGAACCCACCACAUAAAUGUAUUCUGUGGUAGUACGCAGCAGUGAGAGUGUACCAAGGGCGAUGAUUAAGGAAUAAAGAGCUCCAUUCAUGAACGAGUCUGCUCGCAAGAAGCCUCGAUGUUCUUCAAGUGCUAGGAGACAAGUUCGAUUUUCACACGAGUCAUCGGAAGGCUUAAUCGCUCAUAAGCUAAUCGGUAUUGAUGGACGGAAUCGAUGUCAAAAGCGAGCAACUGUGAAUAAGCUGCUUUAUGACAGUGAGUGCGUUAUAUAAUUUAAUAAUCACUUACUAUCGGGCAUAGUAAGUCGAUACUUCGGAGCAGGAGAGACAUCAAGAUUUGUUCGGAUUAGUAUCCUCUCUUCAAAACAUCGUCUUAUGGAAUUUCCCAUUGAUUAACUGUACAUAGACUGACCUCGACAAAAUGUAUAUAAUUUAUUACACGCGCUGGUAAUAGCCUAAAAAAUUAGUGCUCGUAAGUAAUUGAAGGAUAAUAAUUUGUAAGAAAGGAAAGUAAGGGAUUAUUAAUGUAAUAUGUGGAAAAAUACUCUAGAGAAGUGCUGAAGUUAUUGGAUGGGAAUAUUAAAGGCUUGAAAAGAAGAUACUGAAAGUAUUCAAGAUGUUUCCGAUUUAUGCUGCAUUUUAGAAACAUUAUGCAGUCAGUGGAAAUUUAGCUCUAAUACUUAUAGUUUAACGAUGUGGAAACUGAGUUCAACUGGUAUCGAUAUUAAAAUUCAGCUUUGAAUUCUAGUUUUGUUUGUGCAAUAAUUAAAAAAACAGAAGGAAAGCGGUUUUGAUAUUGACACUGGGUUGAACAAUGUGAAAUAGAUUUAUUAAUCCCCUGUA